AUGUCUAGCACCAGAACUAUUGGUAAUGCCACCUUCGCUGCUAUUGGGUAUGGCGCGAUGGGAAUAGCUACCGCCUAUGGGACUCCCCUCCCUCUCGAGGAGCGCCUGAAGGUUCUCGAUGGCGUAUACGCGAAUGGGAUAACACACUGGGACACCUCGGAUAGCUAUCGCGACAGCGAAUUCACCAUCGGACAGUGGUUCAAGCGCACAGGAAAGCGAAACGAGAUCUUUCUAGCUACGAAGUUCGGUUUGGGUCGCCACUGGGAUGGCGACGAGAACCGUACAGUCAACGGCGACCCUGCCUACGUCCCGAAGGCCAUUCAGCGAUCCUUGGAGCAACUCGGUGUUGAGUAUGUUGAUCUGUGGUACUUGCACAGGGCCGAUACUAACGUGCCAAUUGAACUCACUGUGAAGGCGAUGGCAGAGCAAGUGAAGGCAGGCAAGGUCAAGUACCUUGGCCUCUCCGAGGUCAGCGCGGACACUCUCCGUCGUGCGUACGCCGUACACCCUAUUUCAGUCGUCCAAGUCGAGUACUCGCCCUUCACGACCGAGAUCGAGGACGAGACGAUUAGCCUUCUGAAAACUGCCCGCGAGCUCGGGGUCAAGAUUGUCGCCUACGGAGCGCUCGGACGUGGACUUCUCACUGGCAAAUAUACGGAUCCAGAGCAGUUCCCUCCAAACGAUUUCCGUAGGCUGAUCCCGCGGUUCUCGAAGGAGAACUUCCCGAGCAUUCUCAAGAUCGCCGAAGGCUUGAAGAAAGUCGGGGAGAAAUACGGGGCCUCGUCUGGCCAGGUCGCUCUUUCUUGGGUGCUCGCCCAAGGAGAUGAUAUUAUCCCUAUCGUGGGCACGACGAAGCUCGACAACCUGAAGGAGAACCUGGGCGCAUACGAUGUGAAGCUGAGCCUGGAGGACGUUGCGGAAGUGCGCCGCCUUGCGGACGGGGCCUCGAUUCCUGGCGACCGAUACCCGGCAUACCUGUUCCACACCCUGUUUGCCGAUACCCCUGCUAUUCAACAUUAA